GUAUUUAAAUACUUUAUCUGCCAAUGGUUCAGUGAGACAGAGCUCUCCAACCGAAGAGAUUCGUCCAUCUAGCAAAGCUUCUGGUAUGUCUGUACAUACUGAAAUCACAGGUCAAGAGAAAACUGGAAGUCCAGAUGUUACCCAUAAAUCUCAAAGUGUCUGUUCAAAAUGCAGUUCUACACAACAGAAAAGACCAAUUUCAAGUGCCUCAGCUAAAGAAGGAAAUGCUGCUGAAAUAAUUGACAGACCAAAGAGUAAUAUAUCCAGUUCAUCAUCUCAUUUAAAAGUGAAUGGUCAAAAGAAUGAUGUUAAAACUACAGUAACUGUCAAUGGAAGUAACAAUAAAUUAAGCACCAGGUCGAUACAGAAAUUUGAGGACAAUACAUCCCGGUGUCAUUCAGCGACUUUAUCUGUUACCUCAGGAAACCAUCUCAGUCCUAUCCCACCAAAAUCUCCCAAAAAAUCCAAAAAAACUGUUAUUUUACUUACCGGCUCCAAUGAUAGCAUGUUAUCACAGACCGUUCCUGCUCUAGACCCAAGAGAAGAACACACUGACUGUUUGAAUAUAGCAGCAGAACAAUCUUGUAAAACAAAUGUCAGUGACAUCAAGAGUGAAAAAAGUAGCAAAUGUAGGAAAAGGAUUGGGAGUGACUCGUCUUGCCACAAGAUGGAUGAAGACAUGUCUGAGAUGAGUCCUUCUUGCCUGCCAAAUGCCUCCCCAACUGAGGUGGUAAAUGAAUGGCUGAGGAAAAUCCCAUCAGACACCACCUUGUGUGACUUAGGCGAUGAAUUUCACGACAACUUUGAUUCAAUAGAACCACCCUGCACAUCACAUGUGCCUUCAGGAGAUGAAAAUAAACAUGAAACUUUGGGACAUGGCGUAACCAAGCUUGAAACACAACCUGAGAUGGAAGAUGCUUAUGUGGUGAAUGCAGAGGGAGUUAUUGACAAAAAAGUUUCUGAGGGUGAUCACUCUCAGAGGGGAGAAGAACCGAAGAUGUUUAAUUCCUCAGUUCUGGUGAUGAAAGUCUUGCUGAGCUCCAAAUUACACAGAUGCAAUAGCUUACCAGAGGUGUCUCGUGUAUAUGGACGUAAGCUCAGUACAUCAGCGCAAGGCCUUCUGGAUUGUUUGGCAAAUCUACAGUUGUUAGACUUUGGUUCUAGUGAUGAAGACGGUAAAAAAGAAAAAUACCAGGAGCUCAUGAGCAUGCUUAAGUCCCUUUGGCUUUGUGACCCCACAGACAGUGAGAAGACAUCUGAGGAAAGAAACAACCAUCUGGACAAGGAAUUCAAAGCCAGGUCAUCAUCAGGGGUAGAUGUUAACAGUGGCUCAACAGGUUCUGGGAAAAGUAGUGUCAAUGACGGCACCCAAGCCCAAAUCAAUACAGAAUGUGAAGGCCUGGAUGCCCUGACAAAGGUACAGGAAGUUGAUGAAACCGUGGAAGAGGAAGCUUCAGAAACACCAGUAUCAAAUGAUGAUUCAGCCAGUCAAGCUCAGUGGACCCCAGAGACUAAGGACACAGUUGAAGAGAAGCUAAAAGAUGUCCGAGGCUCUGACGAGACUAUCAGAAAUAACGAUACUCCAAGGGAACUCAUUGAAACACCUGUUUCAUCAAACAAGAGUUCGGGAAAUAAUAAUAAUGAAACUGAAUCAGACCGUCAAGAGGACACAAGUUCAAGCAGUGCUCCGACACUACAAAGAGGUCAUUUUUCAAAAAGGCUUUCUCAAGACCCUGAUCCUGUAUGGGUUCUGAAUUUAUUGAACAAAUUAGAAAAACAAUUUAUGACAAAUUAUGUUGAUGCAAUGGCUGAGUUCAAAGUCCGUUGGAAUCUGGAUGACAAUGAGCAGCUUGACGCCAUGAUAAGUGAAUUGCAAGAUGAAGUCCGCAGACGGAUACAAACGAGUAUUGGCAGGGAACUAAGAAAAAUCCAUGGCAGAGCUGGAAGACCAAGACCACCGAAAGAGACAAUGUCACGUGAAUCUACCAUUCAAACGGAGCAAAAGCGGAGGCGCCUGAAAGUAAUGAGCAACCAAUCAAUUGAUCCGCAACCUGCUAAAAGUGAUGAUGAUUACACAAUGACAGGGACUGAUUUCAGUGAUCAACGUAGCGAUGAUGAAUAUUGUCCUUGUGACACAUGCUUGAAAAAGAAAAUGGCAUCCAAACAUGUGCUACCUGUGGAAAUGAUGAAUUCUGCCCCUGUGAUGAUGGACUUUGAUUUGAGAAGAAUUCUCCAGAUAAAGAAAUCGUCUCAUACCAAUGAAAACAUCGGGGGGAUUGCCAGUGAAUCUACAGCCAGUAAGAAGGAGAGAGAACAUGUGGGGCUUCAGGCUGUCAAAGAGGAGGAUGAGAAAGAGGGGGUGAAUAAAGAAAUUUUUGCUUCCAGUGACCAAGAAAUUAAGGAAGAAUAUGAAAAACAAGAAAGUGAGGAGGGUGGAGAGGAGGACAAUGCCUCCAGCACUUAUGUAGAGGAUAGUUCUGUGAAACAAUCAAAUAUAUACAAACAUUUAAGGAAAGAUGUGGAUGAAGUUGGGGAAAUUGCUGAGAUGUCUAAUAACACGAUGACAGCACAACAUAAGGCAGCAGAACAAGAAGAUGAAGAGCAAGAGCAGAAUGAUGAGACUGAUUCUAAUGUAAUGGCCGUCAAAGAAAGUGAAAGCAGUUCUAAGAUUAAAGAUGAAUUAGAUGAAGAUGUGGCAAAUGAUGACAUUAGUGAAUUUGAUGAUAUAAUGCAGGCUGAAACAGCAAAGGAGGGAGCAACUGAAGAAUACACUGAGGAAGAAUCAGAGGAGCAGGACGAAACAGCUUAUGAAGAGGGUGAGACCACUGGUGAAGAUACUGUAGAGAACGGGCAGACUGCUGAAGCGCUAGCCGCUGAAGAGCAUGACAUAGCUGGUAAUGAAACUGCAGAAGAUGGUGAGACAACUAAUUAUGACACUGAAGAAGAGCUUAAUACAGAUGAAAGUAAAACUGCAGAAGAUGGAGAGACUGCUGAGGGUGAAACAGUAGAAGAGGGUGAAACAGCUGAAGAUAAAACUUUAGAUGAUGGACAAACUCCAGAAGCAGAAAUCACUAGAGAAGAUAAAAUAACUGAAGAUGAAACUGGAGAAGAAGGUGAGACCGUUAAGGAUUACACUGCAGAAGAGGAUGAGGUGGAUGAAAAUUACACUGCAGAAGAUGGACAAACGGCAGAAGAUGAAACUGUAGAAGAAGUUGAGACAGUUAAUGACAACACUGCAGAAGAGGAUGAGGUGGAUGAAAAUUACACUGCAGAAGAUGGACAAACAGCAGAAGAUGAAACUGGAGAAGAAGUUGAGACAGUUAAUGACAACACUGCAGAAGAGGAUGAGGUGGAUGAAAAUUACACUGCAGAAGAUGGACAAACAGCAGAAGAUGAAACUGGAGAAGAAGCUGAGACAGGAAACAACAACAGUGUAGAAGAACACGAGGGGGCUGAAAAUGAAUCUGCUGAAAAUGGACAAACUGCAGAAGAAGUUGAGACAGGAAAUUACGACACUCGAGAAGAGCAUGAGGCGGCUGAAAAUGAAACUGCAGAAGACAGUGAAACAGCUGGAGAGGAUAAAAUAACUGAAGAUGAAACUGCAGAGGAGGGUGAGACAGCUGCUAAAAGUGAAUCUGUAGAAGAUGGACAAACUGCUGGAGAGGAUCAUAUAACUGAAGAUGAAACUCCAGAAGAUAGUGAGACAGCUGCUAAAAAUGAAUCUGUAGAAGAUGGACAAACUGCUGACGAGGAUGACAUAACUGAAGAUCAAACUGCAGAGGGUGAGACAUCUGCUAAUAAUGAAUCUGUAGAAGAUGCUGAAGAUGAAACUACAGAAGAUGGUGAUACAGGUGAUGAUCAAACUGCAGUAAAGGGUGAGACAGUUAAUGAUGACACUGUAGAAGAGUGUGAGAUGGCUGAGAAUGAAUCUGUAGAAGAUGGGCAGACUGCUGAAGCAGAAACUGCAGGAGAGACUGAUACAGGUGACGAGGACACAGCAGAUGAAGGGACCGCUGAAGCUCAAACUGAGAUGUCUGAAGAGAAAGCUACUGUUGAAGAUGGCACCACAGCAGAAGACAAGAAUGCUGGGGUAGAACUGGCAGAGCGAAAGAAAACACCUGACGAUGAGACAACUGGAGAAGAGACAGACAAAAGUCAAUCAGACGUUGAGGAAGACAAGGAAUCUGUCAGUUGUGAAGUAGAGUGUCUUGAUGUUUUGACUAAUCUUGAGGUGGUUGAGGACGAAACAUCUCUUAAGAACAAGGGUGAUGUUGUCCUACAUAGUGUUGAUGAUAAUGGUGAAGAAAGUGAGACAGAAGAUGAUGGUGUGGAGAUAAUUGCAAAUAAAUGUGGUCUUGUGGCCAACAUUGGUGAAUCAGCUGAAGCUGGUGAUGAAGCGGAGGAUGAUACCGAGCCAGAUUUGGAGACAGAUGAAGGGGAACAUGAUGGCAAUACUCCAGCUUUACAGCCUGUGUUACAGCCAAAACAAAUGGAUGAAACCCCAGAUGGGGAAACUUUAUCUAAUGGUUUGGUAGAGUCUGAGGAUGGGGCUGAUGCUGAUGGAGAAGACUCGGAAACAGAAGAACACAACCAAGUCGUAGAAUCAGAGGGCAAACCACAGGAAAAAACUGCACAGAAAACCUUCAAGAUGUUCGUUCAUGCUCUGAAUUUCCUCAAACUCUCAGCCACUGGACAACCAGAGAGGAGGGAAGAGGAUAAUGAACAUGAAGUUGAAGACGAAGAGACUCGAGAGGAUGAGAGUGAUGAUGCAAGAGAGAGUUCUUGUGUGGAAAAAGAUGAGGUUGAAGAGUUGAAUGGAAAUGAGAAGGGCAAGCUCUCAGAUAUUACAGAGGAUACAGCAGAAGAAGAGCAGGACCAGACAAAUGAAACUGAUGAUGCAAGAGAGAGUUCUUGUGUGAAAAAAGACGAGGUUGAAGAGUUGAAUGGAAAUGAGAAGGGCAAACUCUCAGAUAUUACAGAGGAUACAGCAGAAGAAGAGCAGGACCAGACAAAUGAGACUAAUGAUGAUUCAAAGGACAGUGAAUGGGAAUCAUCUGAAAAUGCCUUGCAAAAGCAGAUGACAAAGUCAUCCAUGGAAUCUCAGCCAGGUUCCUUCGAAGAAGUUCACGAGGAACUGACAAAGAAUCAGAAUGGUUUAAAUCAUCUGAAAGCCAACCCGUAGAAUCCUUCCUCGACAUCAGAGGAAAGAACGAAAGAUAGUUUUGAGCAUGUAAAAAUGGUUUCAGAGAGGUUAUUUCUCUAUUAUAAUUAGACCUUAUAAAUACUAUAAACCUAAAUUGAGUUUUUUUUUCUUAGUAGCACUUUGGACCCCUUAUUUUAUUUAUUUAUUUAAUAUAAUAUAAUAUAAUAUAAAAUAUAAUGUUAUUUAUAAAAAAUUAUGCACUUUACUUAUGAUUCCAUUGUACUGUAUAUGCAGAUUAUAUAUGCAAACGCACAGCAUUACUGCUAAGGGACUGUACAAAGGGAAUUUCUGAAACUUGACCAGCACAGGAAGCUCUUCUAGCUUUAUGGUAGAAACUUGUUUAGAAUUGUAUUAAAUGUAUGUCAAAACAAUGUAAUUGCAGUUAUUCAUAUAAAACACUUGGUUGUAAGCCUUAGCCAUGGGGAAUAAGGGACUGCUGAUAAAGGAUUACAAAUAUUUCAUGUAUGUGUGUGCUGCUAUACAAGUGUACUAAAAUGUCCCUUUAUUUAAAUACACUGCAAAUGGAAAAUCACAUGGUGACGUGUAAGGGAAAUCAGGGGGCCUGACCUGUGUGUAUGAGUGCAUAAGAAUGAAUGUGUAUUGAAUUGACAGAGUGUUUAAUGUGGCUUUCAUAUUUGAUUGUGGGAGAUCAUUAUAAAAGGUAAAAGAAAAACAUUUGUAUCCCUGCUAAAUCCCAUAACAGAAGAUCACCAUCGGGCUUAGUCAGAAUAUGUACAGUAAUGCUUGCUUUUAAAGUAAGUGUACUAAAUGCAGAUGUACACCAACAAUCACCCAUAUUACAUCAUAUUGUGUAUUAUAAGAAUUGAGGUGUACACGUUAAGACAUGCCUUAGAUGUUUUGCCACAACACAUAAAGGAUUGUACAUCUAAAAGGAUUA